AUGCACUACACGCCCCGCGAGGUCGAGAAGCUUCUUUUCUCUCAGGCUGGUCGUCUUGCCCAGAGGCGACUGGCUAAUGGAAAGAAAUUGAACCACCUAGAGGCUACUGCCCUCAUUGCUACUGUUCUCCAAGAGGUAAUACAUGAUAAAAAUCAUUCAGUCUCUUAUCUUAUGAAUCUUGGCAAAGGGAUCCUGGGCCGACGACAUGUACACCCAUCUGUCGUUGGCACGCUCAAGAAGAUGCAAGUGGAAGGAACUUUCGAGACAGGAACGCACCUCAUCACAAUUUACCACCCGGUCAGUACUGAUGACGGCGAUUUCAAAAUGGCUCUGUAUGGAAGUUUCCUUCCGGUUCCUUUACCAGAUCCCUUCCCUGUGAUCAACGAGGCGGACUUUCACCCUCUGGCAAUGCCAGGUGCGGUACGUCCGGCGGAGUCAGGAAACAUCAUCCUGAACCCGGGACGUCCCAGGGUUACGCUCACUGUUACCAACAAGGGAACUCGUGCAGUUUAUAUUGGCUCACACUUCCAUUUCAUGGAGACAAACCCUGACCUCGAAUUCGACCGCGAAAAGGCUUAUGGCUACCAUCUCGAUCUACCUGCCGGAGAGUUCCUUUGCUUUGAACCUAAUCACCCCAAAUCUGUCACCCUUGUACAGAUUGGCGGCUCGAAGAUCAUUCAAGGCGGAAGUGGCCAUGCUAAAGGGCCCCUUGAUCCCAUUCGCUCCGCCAAGGUCUUGCAACAGUUACAGCAGGCCGGGUACCGACAUUCACCUGAGAAGACAACUGAGAAGGGCAACAUUGCGCCCUGCUCGGUUGACCGGGCGACGUAUGCCUCUUCACCUCUGGAUCAGGAUCGAGAAUGA